AAUAAUAACAAUCACAAAAUUCCAAUUACAAUCACUUCCAACUCACCAACUACACCUACUACACUAAUAUCUACUAAUACACCUGCUACACCUACUGCUACACCUGCUACAUUUACUGCUAUACCUACUACACUAAUAUCUACUGCUAUGCCUAUUACACUAAUAUCUACUAAUACACCUGUUAUACCUACUAUGUUAAUAUCUACUACUACACCUGCUACACCAUUAGAAGAUGAAGAUGAAAGAGAUUCAGUGUUAUUAGAUGAUGAUUUAGUAAUAGUUGAGGAAUUACAGGGACCAUGGGCUUCAUGUGAAUACACAGUUUUAUUAGAUUUAUGUUUAGAAAAAAUUUAA